CAGACGAUACUUUUUAAAAGUUUUUCUCAUUUUUUUGUUUUAAUUGCAUAAAGACAAUGAGGCCGGAAAAAAUAGGCAUUAUAGGCAGUGGCCUCAUCGGACGUGCCUGGGCUAUGCUCUUCGCUUCAGCUGGCUAUCGAGUGGUGCUCUAUGAUAUCUUACCCGAACAAGUUAGUACCGCUUUGGAGGAGAUUAAAAAGGAAUUGCAUGCUUUAGAAGCGAAAUCAGCAUUACGUGGCACAUACAGUGUUGCACAGCAAUUGAGUUUUAUUAGUGGCACUGUGGAAUUAAGCGAAUUGGUGAGCAAUGCCAUCUACCUGCAGGAAUGUAUACCAGAACGUAUUGAAUGGAAGCGUAAGCUUUAUACAGACCUGGCUGCAAUUGUGGGCGCUGAAACGAUUAUCGGCAGUUCGACAAGCACCUACAUGCCUUCGCUUUUCAGUGAACAAAUGACAAGCCAUCGGGAGAACGUACUCGUUGCGCAUCCCCUCAAUCCACCCUACUAUAUACCACUCGUCGAAAUAGUGCCCUCACCUUGGACGAUACCGGAGUUUGUGACACGCACGCGUGAUCUCAUGCUUGAAAUUGGUCAGAAACCGGUUACACUCACACGUGAAAUAGAAGGUUUCAUCACAAAUCGCAUACAAUAUGCCAUACUCAAUGAAGUGUGGCGUUUAGUAGCUGAUGGCGUGGUGAGUGUCGCCGAUGUUGAUCGUGUUAUGACCGAGGGUUUGGGUCUACGCUAUGCUCUAUUGGGUCCUCUUGAAACAGCGCAUUUGAAUGCUGACGGUGUUUCAGACUAUUUUCAACGUUUUGGAGGUGAAGUUUAUGCUGUAAGUCAAACUUAUGGACCCACACCAAAAAUGGUGGCAGGUGAGACGUUAUCGAAGAUUGCAGCCGAAUGUGAGGAAAUGGUGUCGAGAGAGCAGUUAACGAAACGACGAGAGCAACGUGAUCGGUUUUUAUAUGAACUGAGUGCAUUGAAAAAGAAGUUUCAUUAAGACAGCAUGUAGAGCGAAGGAGAGGGAGAAAAAAAAAGAGAGUUGACAGCUGCUAGCUGUUGAGUUCAUGCUGUUCCCUUAAAUAAGUAAUUCUGCAUGGAGAAUAUUUUCAGAAACAUAUAUAUAGAGACAAAAAUUUUAACUUUUUUUGCUCUUACACAAUUAUUAUGCAUUUUUGGAGUGAGUAGCAUUUGUUGAUAUUUAAAUCUCUAAAUUCAACUACAGAUAUCACGAAUAAUAUGUUUUAAAUAAAAAAAUAGCAAAACUUGAAAACUUUGCAAAUCUGCUUACAGUUUCUAGUAUCUUCUGAAUUUAUGCGCCAGCUACAGCAGGUAAAAAUCAGAUUUAUAUGCACAUGUAUUAAGAGUGAGCUUCUCAUAAGCACUCCUCGAUAAAAUAUGUAAAUACAGCCACAACUGAGCGCAUAAAAGUAAAGGAGACAACCCAGUA